UCUCCUUCACUGCAGCAGCUGCCGGCGUCCAGCUGCCUCCGUUCUGCCUGGAUCUCUAGCUCCUCAUUUCUCCAGUCUCCUCAGACCAAAGCCCUCGGGAUAUGCAGCAGCCAUGCCUGUGGACACGCUGAGCCCUGGAGCCCCGGCCGCCCCUGCCCUACCUUGCCGCCUGCGGACCAAGGUCCCCGGCUACCUGCUACGGAGGCCGGCAGAUGGUGGAGUCCGGAAACCCAGUGCUGUGGAGCGCCUGGAGGCCGACAAGGCCAAGUACGUCAAGAGCCUGCAUGUGGCCAACACCCGCCAGGAACCUGUGCAGCCCCUGCUGUCCAAACAGCCACUCUUUCGCCCUGAGACUCGCCGCACAGUGCUCACGCCCAGCCGCCGAGCCCUGCCUGGCCCCUGCCGACGGCCCCAGCUGGACCUGGACAUCCUCAGCAGCCUCAUCAACUUGUGUGAUAGUCCCGUGUCUCCUGCUGAGGCCAGCCGCACUCCUGGACGGGCAGAGGGAGCUGGCCAGCCUCCCCCAGCCACCCGCCCACGACCGCCACCCAGUACCUCUGCGGUCCGCCGAGUGGACGUCCGCCCUCUGCCUGCCUCACCUGCCCAGCCCUGCCCGUCAUCGGGUCCUGCCGCCGCCUCCAGCCCAGCCCGGCCACCGGGUUUGCAACGCUCUAAGUCGGACUUAAGCGAGCGCUUUUCUAGGGCAGCCGCUGACCUUGAGCGCUUUUUUAACUUCUGCGGCCUGGACCCGGAGGAGGCAAGAGGGUUGGGUGUGGCCCACCUGGCACGGGCCAGCUCGGACAUUGUGUCCUUGGCCGGGCCCAGUGCUGGGCCGGGCAGCUCUGAAGGGGGCUGCUCUCAUCGCAGCUCGGUUACUGUUGAGGAGCGGCCCGGGUGCGCGUCCCCUACGGCGUGUCGGUGGUGGAGCGCAAUGCCCGCGUGAUCAAGUGGCUGUAUGGGUUAAGGCAGGCACGGGAGAGCCCCGCAGCUGAAGGCUAGGCUGCCGCUGGACCUGGUAUUCGCCACAGGACAGAUCUUACAGACGCAUGUGGCCCCUGGACCUCUCUUGCAUCCAUUCUCUGGAUCUGCAUGCCAGAGGCUUCACCAUGGUGUGAACUUGGCAUGGAGGCAAAGGCUUAGAGGCUGGACCAGCAUUCUUGGGCAAGGACUGACCCUGGAGGGUUUUGCUCUUGACUUUGGACAGCCGAGAAUCCCUCCUUCCACCCCAAUACAAGGUUUUGACAUGAAUGUAUUCCUCCUUAGUUCCUCUUAUGGGGCUGCAUUUGGGGUGCUUUGCCCUCCCCUCUGAGAGUGAGGACCAAGGAAUCUCCUCCAUCCUGUCUCCCCAGCGGCUCUGUAUCCUUCCUUCCUUCCUUGGCCUCUGUCCUUUGCUGACGUCCUCUUCCUUACCCAGCAGAACUCACCCUGGGGUCGUGGCAGCAGAGAGGGGCCUAUCCACUGCUCUUCCUAGUCCUUGGCAGCUGGCCUUGGUGGGUAGACGAUGUUGGGGCCCGUUAGAAAUCUGCACUGCUUUGACUUACCUUCCCUUGGUUAAUAAACACAAAUGCUUGUUUCUCAAAAAAAAAAAAAAAAGCAAAAAGAACAA